AUGGCUACUACUACUACUACUAUCAUAAAAUCACUUGCUUUGGCUUUUGUGUUAAUUAUCUUGCUUGAAAAUUCACAUGUUGUGAAUUCAACUGCUACUACUAGUACUGAGCCAACAGUUUCAGCUUCUCCAGGUGUUUUACCUACUCCAGAUAUUUCCUCAUUUUUUCCUACUCCAAUGAGUUCCUUUGAAGCUCCUUUUGAGGCUGAGGCACCUGCACCAACACCAAGUUCAGGAGAAUUUCAUGACAACAAGUCUUCUAGUUCAACUAGAUUGGAAUAUUGUGUAGCUGCAUUCAAUGUUGGUCUUAUACUCUCUAGUUUCUUUUUAAGUAUAGCAUAG